AUGAUGCGCGUCUACUACCGCGACUCUCACGGCGCGGUCGUAUUGUGCGACUGUACUAAGAAGGAUACGGUGGCCGGAGCGUUCAGAUGGAAAAAGGAUUUGGACUACAAGUUGAGGUUGGACAAUGGGGACCCGAUUCCGGCCAUUUUGUUGGCUAAUAAGGUAUGUUACAGUAGGAAAUUGAAGGGUAUUUAGUAUAGUAAUGUUUGUUUUAUCUUUCAAUUUACUUACCCAUAUAAUUGCCUUAAUAUUUCAUUUUAUUUAUCAUUUUAUCUCUUUUUCGACCAAUUAUAACCACUUCCACAUGAAGUAAUAUGCAAAUUUCAGAGCGACUUGAACAACGAACUCUCGACCGCCGAACUCCACGAGCUUGCCAUUCAAUACGGGUUCAGUGGGGCAUUCAAAAUCUCGGCCAAGACCGGCGACAACGUGGAGGAGGCCAUGAACUUCCUUAUUAGGCAAAUCGUAUGUGCCGAGCGGGAGGGGUUGUACGUGGCGCCCAUCUUCCAACGCGAUCACAACAUCAAGAGAUUGGAGUCGGAGGAGGCCAUCCGUCAUCGACGAUCGCUCAAAGACUCCUUCAAGAAUGUGUGCUGUUGA